AUGUUCUGGGCCGCGUGCACGGAGAGGGGCGCGCCGACGGCAAGCACUACGUCGUCGUUGGGCGCAUGCCAGGCCUGCUGGUGGACCACUUCUUCGCCGCCAAGGUGGCGCGCGAGGAGCCGCUCUCGCGCGCGGGCUUCUCCUACCUGCCCCCGGAGGCCGCUGGGGGCCCACCGCCCGCAGGCGGCGCGGGCCCGCCGCUCAUGGUGGAGACCCUCGGGCGGCCGAGAGCUGCCGUUCGUCACCCACCGUUUUCUGGAGCAGCGGCCGGUCGCCGUCGUCGGCGCCGACGGCGACGAAGUCCUGGCGCGCGCCGUGCUGCCGCGUGAGAACGUGGGGAGCACUGGCGCGCCCGAGCAGCCGCUGGAGCUGGUGGUGCGCCGGAAGCCUUGCGCGGCUGGCCCCCCACGCUGGCACCCCGCUGCGGCGCGCGAGCUGGGGGCGCCGCCAGCUGCCGACGCGGAGGCCACGGCGGCGGCGCGGGCGGAGAGGGCGGCGAGGCGCUGCGUCGUGCCGCGGCGGCUGGCGGCUGGCGCGCCGCAGGCCCCCGGCUCCUGGGAGCCGGAGGGCGCCCUGCAGGCGCCGAAGUUCGGCGAUUUCGACGACGUGCGGCGCCACGCCCCGGAGCUCGCAGGCGCGGGCGCGCAGCCGCUGGACGCCAUCAAAACCGAGCCGGGCGCGUGA